CCUGGCCAUUCGCCCAGUGCGGACGUGUUUUGCUCGCUUUCCUUUGCUUUUCACGCGCCUUCUGCGGCCGAAAACUGCAGAACGGAAAAAACCAACAAAAUAGGAAAUAUAAAUUAACAGAAGAAAACCUGAAGCCAAUGCAUAACCAAGCCAAUUAAUCCAAAAAUAUGGAAAUCAAUUGUUAAACCACCUUAAACGAAAAUAAAAAUAGUGAAAUUAGUUAAACACUCUAAAAGUGCAUUUAAGUCAUAAAUAAGCAUGCAAAACAUAUAUACUUCGCUCCACAAAUAAAUCCAACUUGAAAAGAAAAGCUUGUUUUAAGCUUACGCUAAUGAGCAAUGCGCCAGGAUUAAAUCGAUACAAAAUUUAAAAAUAAAUCAAUCAAUCUCCGCAAGUUUCCACAACCAAACACUGCCAAUGUGAACCCAUCUAUUUCAAAAAAAAAAGAGAGAGUAACCCGCCUGAAGAUAACGAUACCCGAAAACCACGGUUAACGAGCAUUUAAGAGGUCACAACAGUAUUUUCAACUUUAACUGUAACAGUUACUAGCGGUAACUGGGUCAGUAGGCAGAGCCCAAGUAACGCCCCCCAUCGAGGGCUACCUCAUACACCUUCUGCAUCCUUCCGAGCCUCCCAUCCAUCCAGUGUGACCUUGGACCAUGAACUCCUCCAGCGGCGAUGACGAGGCGCCAAAGGAUCCGCGCACUGGCGGCGAGGAUUUUACGCAACAAUUUACAGAAAAUGAUUUCGAGGGACAUCGGGCCCACACCGUUUAUGUGGGCGUCCAUGUGCCAGGAGGACGACGCCACUCGCAGCGCCGGCGCAAGCACCACCACAGUGGCCCCGGAGGGGGUGGCGGUGGUGCAGGUGGAGGUGGAGGUGGAUCCAUCGGCGGAUCCGGAAGUGUGGGCGGUGGUGCGGGCAAGGACAACGUCAGCGAGAAGCAACAGGAAGUGGAGCGACCAGUGACUCCGCCGGCCCAGCGAGUGCAAUUCAUACUCGGCGAGGAUGUGGACGAUGGCACACAUGUAUCGCAUCCCCUGUUCUCGGAAAUGGGGAUGCUGGUGAAGGAGGGCGACGAGAUCGAGUGGAAGGAGACGGCGCGCUGGAUCAAAUUCGAGGAGGAUGUGGAGGAGGGUGGCAAUCGAUGGUCAAAGCCCCACGUGGCCACCCUCUCCCUGCACUCGCUGUUCGAGCUGCGUCGCCUGCUGGUCAAUGGCAGCGUGAUGCUGGACAUGGAGGCCCAGAAUCUGGAGGUGAUGGCCGAUCUGGUCUGCGAUCACAUGGUCAGUGCGGGCACCUUGCCGUCCGGUGUCAAGGAUAAGGUCAAGGAUGCGCUCCUGCGACGUCAUCGGCAUCAGCAUGAGUAUGCCAAAAAGACGCGACUGCCAAUAAUACGAUCCCUGGCCGAUAUGCGCAAUCACUCGUCAUCGAAAAUUGAAGAGCACUCGGGCAGCAUUUUGGGCGCCACAACGCCAAUUUCCCUAACGGCCAGCGAACCGGGACCGCCCGGAUCAAAUGGAAAUUCAAACCUGAGCACCGCUGCCGGCGCCAUGGGGCGUUUUCUAACGGUGCCCGGUGGAAAAGCCAGCAACAGAACGCUCGAGGACAUGGUCAAGAGUCCCAGCAACCAGUCGAUGGCCAGGCCAGGAAGCGGCACGGAGCUCAGCGAGCAGCAGCACAAGGGCAACACCCACUUCAUGAGGAAGAUACCGCCGGGCGCGGAGGCCAGCAACAUCCUCGUGGGCGAGGUGGACUUCCUGGAGCGCACCCUCUCCUGCUUCAUCCGCCUCAGCCAGGCGGUGGUCCUGGGCGAUCUCACCGAGGUGCCAGUGCCCACAAGAUUCGUAUUCAUACUGCUUGGCCCGCCUGGCAGUCAGAGCAACUUCCACGAGAUUGGCCGGGCCAUGGCCACCCUGAUGUCCGACGAGAUCUUCCACGAGGUGGCCUACCGAGCCCGCAAGCGGGAUCAUCUGCUGUCCGGCGUGGAUGAGUUCCUCGAUGCGGUCACCGUACUGCCGCCAGGAGAGUGGGAUCCCACCAUACGAAUUGAGCCACCAGCGGCGAUUCCCUCGCAGGAAGUGAGAAAGCGACCGCCAGAGUUGCCCAAGGAGGAGGUGGACGAGGAGGAGGAGGAGGCGCGUCUGCGCGAGGAGAACGGACUGUCCAGGACGGGUAGGCUCUUUGGUGGAUUGAUCAACGACAUCAAGAGGAAGGCGCCGUGGUACAUAAGCGACUAUAAGGAUGCCCUAUCCAUGCAGUGCGUGGCAUCGUGGAUCUUCCUGUACUUCGCCUGCCUGUCGCCGAUCAUCACCUUUGGUGGACUGCUGGCGGAGGCCACUGGCAAGCACAUGGCUGCGAUGGAGUCCCUGGUCUCUGGGUUCGUUUGUGGCAUGGGCUAUGGCUUCUUUUCGGGUCAGCCGCUGACAAUUCUCGGGUCCACCGGUCCAGUACUGGUCUUUGAGUCAAUUAUCUACGAGUUCUGUCAGCGAAUGGGCUGGGAAUAUAUGACAUUCCGGUUCUGGAUCGGCAUGUGGGUCGCCGGCAUUUGCAUCGUCCUGACCGCGAUUGAUGCCAGUGCCCUCGUCUGCUACAUCACCCGCUUCACCGAGGAGAAUUUCGCCACCCUGAUCGCGUUCAUCUUCAUCUACAAGGCCAUCGAGAAUGUGGUUGUCAUCGGCAAGAACUUUCCGGUCAAUCAGGGUGUUUACAACUGCGUCUGUACACCGCCAAUUGGUAGCAAUGCCAGUGUGAUCGAUUAUGCCAUGUACAAUUGGGAUUCCUGUGAGUCGCACAAUGGCAUCCUGGUUGGUGGAGGCUGCGGAACCCCGCCCACCGAAAAUGUUUUCCUCAUGUCGGUGGUCCUCUGCGCCGGCACCUUCCUCAUCUCCACCGUGCUGAAGGAGUUCAAGAACGCCCUAUUCUUCCCAUCGAUCGUUCGCCAGUACAUCAGCGAUUUCUCCGUGCUCAUCGCGAUUUUCGCCAUGAGUUUCUUUGACUAUUCGAUGGGUGUGCCCACCCAGAAACUGGAGGUGCCCAACGAGCUGAAACCCACGCUGAGCACCCGGGGCUGGCUUAUUCCGCCGUUCGCCGAGAAGAACCCCUGGUGGUCGCCAAUCAUCGCCGUAUUCCCUGCCCUGCUCGGCACCAUUCUGAUCUUCAUGGAUCAACAGAUCACGGCCGUCAUCGUGAACCGCAAGGAGAACAAACUGAAGAAGGGCUGUGGCUACCAUCUGGAUCUGUUCAUCCUCUCCAUUCUGAUUGCCAUUUGCAGCAUGAUGGGUCUGCCCUGGUUCGUGGCCGCCACCGUGCUGAGCAUCAACCACGUGAACUCGCUGAAACUGGAGUCGGAGUGCUCGGCCCCUGGUGAGAAGCCACAGUUCCUGGGAGUGCGCGAGCAGCGGGUGACCCACAUCCUGAUCUUCCUGACCAUCGGUGUCUCCGUGCUGCUGACCCCGCUGCUCGGUAACAUUCCCAUGCCGGUCCUGUUCGGCGUCUUUCUGUACAUGGGCGUGGCCUCACUCAAGGGCUUACAGUUCUUCGAUCGCAUCCUGAUCAUGUUCAUGCCGGCGAAGUACCAGCCAGACUACAUGUUCCUGCGCCAGGUGCCCAUUAAACGCGUCCACCUGUUCACCAUGAUUCAGCUGGCCUGCCUCAUAAUUCUCUGGCUGAUCAAGUCCUUCUCGCAGACCUCCAUUCUCUUCCCCCUGAUGCUGGUGGUGAUGAUAGGCAUACGCAAGGCACUGGACCUGGUGUUCACCAGGCGCGAGCUGAAGAUCCUGGACGACAUAAUGCCGGAGAUGACGAAGCGGGCGGCGGCAGAUGAUCUGCAUAAACUGGACGCUGAGGACAACCAUCAUCAGCAUCCCCCAGGAUCUGGUGCGGGGGCCAACUACAAUGCCGAUAAGUCGGGUCCCACCACCAUACACAUUCCGCUUUCCGGAAACAAGCCACCACAGGGCACCAAUGGACCCACAGUGAACAUUCCCCCGGAGGCUGUCAAUCGCACCGCAGUCUGGCAGCAGAUCAACAAGGAUGGCAACGGGAUCUCGGAGCAACUGAUCAUACCCGUCACCCUUAAAGUCCGCCAGAUCAAUGGCAACCACGCCCCCUCGAGCGCCACCCUCUCGCCACGCCUUUCGCCCAUGCACGAGGCGGAUGAGUACAGUGAAGCUCCGACCAACAGUCCCGGCCAUCAGCAGCAGCAACCGCAGAUCAACAAUUGCAAGGAGGCUGCCAAACUGGAAGGAUCCUGCGCAAACAACAGCCAGAUCAGUCCGGCCAACAUAACACCCGUCUAGACUCUAGAGAUCCCGAGAUAAUAUGGAUUUUAGAGCGAACAAAGCACAAAGAACCCACAAAACCAAACACACAUCUAUGUAUUUCUAGUUGGUCAUCCACAGACGUAUCAUAAUCUCUAUUUGCUAUACAUUUAUCGCCGUAGUUAUCCCAGGGGUCGAAUUUUGGUAACGAUUUGCAGCUGUGCCAGUAGUAGAGGGGUUUAUUUUUUCAUUUGGGGCUCAGGUACAAGAUAUACAAGUAUUAACUAUAUGGUAACAAUUACGAUAUUCCGUAGACAAGAAAAGCAUUACAAAUAUACACUUUUGAAACGAGUUUUAUAGAGUCAAUUCCACAGAUCAGGAUGCGGAUGCGAAGAAGCCAAAGCCACAGAACAAACACCAAAUAGUAAGCCAUCGGUGGUCCGAUGUUUUUCCAAUUUUCCCAAUUUUUCCAACGUAUUCUUGGUAUUCUUUGACUUGGUUAGCUAGAGCGAAUUGCGUUUAUUUAUCGAACUGUGAUCUGAUGGGUAUAUCUUGGGGUUGGGUUAUGUAAGGUGUGUAUCAUUUAGUCUAGCCAAGACAAAGCCGUAAACAAUUGUACUAUAUUUUAUGGCUCACACUAAGUUAAACACAAAGACACUCGCAUCCUAUCUGAAACACCAAAAAAACAUAAAAAUAUAUAUAUAUAUAUAAUACAUAAAGACA